AUGGCUUCGACAACUUUGAUGACGUUCCUUCUCUGCACCAACCCGCAAGUCAAGUCAGUCAAGCUAUUGGGCUCAUGGGACAAUUUCUCCAACCCCUAUAUUAUGGAGCGAGACAGGCGUGUUGGGCCCGGUCAGUGGAGAGGAUGCCAUACCUUCGCCAACAUCGUGUAUGAUGGUUCGCAGGCGCAUAUGACCCCAGCACGUUCAGGUGGCCUCAAAAUGGGAGGUACCUACUGGUAUUAUUAUGUGCUGGAUGACGAUAUGGAGUACUAUAAUGAAGCGGAACCAAUAACCACCCAUUGCCCCUUCCUGCCGGGGCAGCCGGUCAAUGUUCUCAAUGUGCCUGUUCAUCUUCCGGAUGCUGCCACGACUCAUGCGCAUUCGAGAAGUUCAAGUGCGCAAAGCAUUGUCACUCAAACUAUGAACCCUGACGACAAAUAUCUCAACCCCCGACGACCACCCAAGCCAAGACCAACCCUUGCGCGCCUUCGGACGUCUCCUCCCACGUUGGAGCAGCCCGCUCCAGCCUGGUCUUUCAGCACUUCUCCGCUGGGAAUCGUUACGAACAGGAGCGCUUCGCAGCCUAGCAGUGCGACACCGAAGGUCAAGGUCAACGACGGUCUCCGGGGCCCAGUCUACAAUAAGACUGCUCGUUCUGUAUCUCCUCCGAGAUCGCGAGGGCUUCUUGCCGCAUUCCGACAGUGGAAUGUGUCGUCUCCGGAUCUUGGGGAUCGGCGUGAAGCAGAGAUUGCCAAACCUAGUCCCGAUCGAGGACCGUUGGAUUCGAAUCCCCACGUGCCUACAGGCCGCUUUGAUACAACCUUGAAUCCUAACAUCGUCAUCAACCGCCCUCCUUCUACCGACUAUGAACAGUUCUAUCAUCAAAGAGCUCAAACGGGCCAUCACUUAACUCCUGCCGCUGCUAGUGAUCGCCGGUCAGUACCGUCUAGUAUACAUGACAGUCACUCCCAAGAAUCCGCAGAACGGCCAUUGAUCGCUGAACAAACAACCCCUCGUGCAAAGCCACGCAAUGAGAGGCAUGCCGCUGCGGUUGAGAGAUCGCUCUGGGAAUCUUCUGCUUUACUUGCAACGUCAAUUGGCUUUACCACUGCGGAGGAUCUGGCCAUGACGCCAAGGCCCUCGGCUCUCAGGGAGAAGCGGUUGCCGACUCUACCAAACUCGCCAUCCUCGGUCAUGGAUGAGGCAUUGCGCGAGAUUGAUGCGCGGGAAAAAGCGUUCGAUGCGGAGGCUAUGGUCAGCCACUUUUCCGAUUUCACUGAUACAGAAUCCGUGGCAGGUAGCUCGGUGUGCGAGCGAAGCCAUUUCUCUGAAUGGAGUACCGAUACGGAACUUCUUUCCCCGGAGUCCAUGACAUGCUCGGCCCCGUUUCACCAAGACGUACCACCUCUACCCGACACUCAUGCUCUGGGGUAUGCUGAAUAUCUGAAAUCAUCGGUGUCCGGGGACAUGAGCGACCCGGACACUCCUCACCUCACGGUGAACUCCAAAUCUACCGCUACCUCGGUCGCAGGCGAUUCACCCCUUCUUGACCUUCCGCUUCCCCGUCUUUCUAUCUCGCUCUCCCCGUCCGACUUACACUUGUCGGACCUGUGCAUCGAAGACGAGGACGAGGACGAGCGCGUGGAGAGCAAUCCCAAACGACACGCGGCCUUUUUUGGCGGAGUUGAGUCCAUUAAAGGUCUCGGUCUCCUACAUAGCCCCGACCCAACUGUGCUGGGGUUUCCAGAGCAUCUCAAAGAUGAGGUAGACCUGCUGCAGGAGGAAAAACGGGCUAUAGCAGAUCCGGUUACAAACCGAUUGAGCCGGGCAUCCCUAUUGGGACAAUCCGCAGCCAUGCGGGAAAUGAUCACUGAAUUGAGUUAUCUCAAAGGGAUGAUCGAGUCAGGAGCUCCUGCGGAAAUCUAG